AUGUACAUCACUCUCUACUACGUAGUCGCGCGCCUCCCUGACUCUCUUCGCGUAAUCAGGGACCACUUUCUCGCAGUCUGUCCCACCACCCUCACCGUCGACAUCCUCGAGAAGGCCCUCCUCGCGGCGGAGAAGAGCAUCGUCGCUGUAGGAGCUUCUCGUGGUGACCCUCGCACCCCCAUCUUUGAGGGGUGCUCUCCUUCCCCCCUCCUGCCCUCUGUUGCCUCUGCUGCUGCUGCCGACCUGCUUGGUCUUGAGUCGGUUGGCGCGGCGUCUACCCCUAGUGGGAGACGCCGCUCUGGCAAGGGCAAGGGGGGCAAGGGCGCGGGUGGAGCUGGAGGGGGCGGUGGAGGUGGCGGUGGAGGCGGCGGAGGGAGUGGGGGUGGCGGCGGGAGUGGUGGAGGGGGUGGUGGUGGUAGUGGUGGCAGCGGCGGAGGAGGCGGCGGUGGUGGUGGCAGCGGUGGUGGUGGCGGCAGCAGUGGCGGUGACGGAGGGGGAGGCGACGGCGGAGGAGGCGGUGGUGGCGGAGGAGGUGGAGCUGGUCGGGGCGGUACCCAGCAGCAGAGCGGCGGUGGUGGUGGUCAGCGCUUGCAGCAGCAGCAGCAGCAGCGUUCGCGCGACAUCCCUCCGCCCCAGCAGCUCCGUGAGUGGUACACUCGACGUCAGAGGGGUGGGGGUACUGGUCCUUGUACCUACGUCCUUCGCUCUGGCGACCGCGCGGGUGAGCAGUGUGGGGGUGCCCAUCCCACCCAGCGCUGCUUUGGCCGCCUGACGGACGCUUGGCGUCAGCAGUUCCCUGGGGCUAGUGAGAUCCCUCGCUGGGAUGAGCUUCUUAGGGCUGGUGUAGCGAUCUUUGAUCUUGAUUUUGAUGCUAUCCUUGGUGCUAUGUAUGCUGUGAUUAUUAGUGAGGAGGGUGACUGUUACCGGUGUUUCCCGCCCGACCCGGGCAUUGGUACUGCUGCGCUAGGUGCUUGUGAGGCUGCUGCUCUAGGUGCCAGUGCGUCUGCACUCUCAGGUGCUGGUGAGACUGCGCUCUCACGUACUGCGUCGCCUUCGUCCUCCCUCACUUUCACACUUGACUCCGGGGCUUCUCGCUCCUUCUUUCGAGACCGCACCACCCUCACGCCACUUGGCCGGCCGGUUGCGGUCUCCCUUGCUGACCCCUCUGCGGGUCCUAUCCUCUCUCACUUCUCCACUGUCCUCCCGUGUCCGGCUGCCCCCUUGGGCACCUUGUCUGGUCUGUACCUUCCCUCGUUCUCGACAAACUUGGUGAGUGGUGCGGACCUACAGGAUGCGGGGGUUCACCAGUUCACUCCUGCGAGUCAGCGGGUGACCCAGUGCACGGACGCACGCACAGGCCGGCACCUGGCCACGUUCUCGCGUCGGCCGGGGUCGAGCCUCUACACCCUGACCACUACGUCUCCUCCUGUCCCUGCGUCUGGUCAGGUAGCUGCGUCAGGUCAGGUGUUUGCUGCUGCGUCCCGGUCAGGGGCGCCUCCGGGCUGCUCCUCCCAAAUCCCCCCGACAGAGGCUCCUCUGCAGACGCUUCACAUGGACGUGUGGGGCCCAGCCCCCGUCCGUGGGCAGGGUCACGAGCGCUACUUCCUGUUGGUGGUUGACGACUACUCGUGUUACACCCAGUCCUCCCCUUGCGCAGCAAGGGUGCUGUCACUAAGGUACGCGGCGCAUCAGCUCAACCUUCACCCCAGGGUCUCUCGGCCCGCGAUGUCCCCAGUGUUACUGUGGACGGGGAAGGUCGGCGAUGCGUCUGCGUUCCGUGUCUGCGGAUCUCGGGCGUUUGUCCGCGACUUGUCUGCGGACAAGCUGUCCCCUCGUGCUGCUCCCUGUGUCUUCCUUGGCUUCCCCCCUGACGCUCCAGGGUGGCAGUUCUACCACCCCUCCUCUCGUCGUGUUCUGUCCUCCCAGGACAUCACGUUCGACGAGUCAGUCCCCUUCUACCGCCUCUUCCCCUACCGCACUCCUUCCCUUCCCCCGCCACCGGACUUCCUUGUGCCGGUAGACGCAGUUGACCCGGUCGAGGUUACUGGUGACUCUGGUGCUGCUGCGGGUGCUGAGCCUGGGGGUGCUGACUCUGGGGGUGCUGUGCGCGGGGGUGCCGAGCCUGGGGGUGCUACUGCGGAGGGUGCUGAGCCUGGGGGUGCUGACUCUGGGGGUGCUACUGCGGAGGGUGCUGAGCCUGGGAGUGCUGAGCCGGGGGGUGCUGUGCCUGGAGCUGCUGAGCCUUGGGGUGCUGCGUCUGGGACUGCUGAGCCUGGGGUUUCUCCUGGUGCUGCGUCUCGGCGGGAGCGGAGCGAGUGGUUUGCUCGCCGCUGGAGGCGUGCUACUGGAGCUGGAGCUUCUUCGACCGUCGAGGGUGCUGGUGCCGCCAGUCCCGGAGCUACUGGGCCUGCGGGUCCUACUGGAGCUGGGGCUACUGAGGGUGUUGGUGCUGAGACUACUGCUGUCUGUCCUCGCGGUGGUUCUGAUGCUGGUGCUGCUGGAGGUCCUACCGCUGGAGGUGUUGGUGGCGCUGGUGCUGCCGCUGAGGGUGCUGGUGCCUCGCAGUCACUGUUGGAGCCUUCCUCCCCUCUACCUGCUCCCUCUCCUUACACUGGUCCUACUGGAGGUCUUGCUGAGCGUCGUGAGCUUGCGUCUCCUCCCGCGUCGCCUUCGGACUCCCUUCGUGCUGCCAGUCCUACUGUUACGCGUCUGCUUGCCACUGUCAUCACUGACCCCUCGUUUGAGUCCAUUGCUGCGUCUGCUCUUGUCGCUGAGCUCGUCGACUUUGCUGCUCGCUGUCGUCUAGACUACGCUGCUAGUCUUGUUGCUGAGUCUGCGUCUGUCUGUCCUCCGUCCGUCGGGGGUGAGUGUGCUCCUGGCACGGACGUCCUACAGGACAGGCAGGAGGAGUUACAGUGUCUGGCUGUUGCUUCACCUCAUCUCGCGUCUGUACUGCUUGCUCCUGAGGGAGACCCAGAUGCACUAGACAUCCCGACUCCGCGCUCUUACGCAGAGGCCGUAGAGGGUCCCUACUCCUCUCAGUGGCAGGCAGCUAUGGAUGCAGAGAUGGCUUCCUGGAAGUCCACAGGCACCUACGUUGACGCGGUUCCCCCUCCUGGGGCGAACAUCGUCAGUGGCAUUCAGCGGCAGGGAGUUGACUACUUUCAGACCUUCUCUCCCACCCCGAAGAUGACCACUCUUCGGGUGCUGCUGCACAUAGCCGCUCAGCGCGACUACGAGCUUCACUCUCUCGACUUCAGCACUGCGUUCUUGCAAGUCUACGGUCUCCGCCAGGCACCGCGUGAGUGGCACGACACACUGAGGACUACGCUUGCGGCUCUUGGGUUUGCUCCUUCUACUGCUGACCCGUCGCUAUUUCUGCGCACGGACACUUCACUGCCGCCAUUCUACAUCCUCGUGUACGUCGACGACUUGGUCUUUGCCACAGCUGACACUGCUGGACUCGCCUACGUGAAGUCCGAGCUGCUGAAGAGACACACGUGCACAGACCUGGAGCACAUGGCUGCAGCGAAGAGGGUGUUGCGCUACGUGUGCAGUACGUCGGGCAUGGGGCUAGUGUUUGGAGGGCGGAGUCCAGUGGUCCUUACAGGUCACGCGGACGCUUCUUGGGCUGACAACCAGGCUACGCAGCGGUCGUCACAGGGUUACACCUUCAGCCUUGGUUCCGGCUCUGUCUCGUGGCGGGCUACUCGUUCGUCUUCAGUUCUCAGCUCCAAUUGUGAGGCUGAGAUCUACGCAGGGGCCAUGGCUGCACAGGAGCUUCGCUGGCUCACCUACCUGCUAACUGACCUUGGAGAGCUGCCUCGUUCUCCUCCAGUGCUGUACGUAGACAACAAGGCCAUGCUAGCCUUGUGUCGAGAGCAGCGUCUGGAGCACAGAACGAAGCACAUUGCUCUUCGCUACUUCCUUGCUCGUGAGCUACAGCAGCGUAGACAGUUGCGGCUUGCGUAUGUGGCCUCUGAGGCCAACACUGGUGAUGUGUUCACCAAGGCACUCGCGCCUUGUGACCAUCAGCGCUUCUGCACCCAGCUGGGUCUUGUGCCUGUCUUGCCUCACUUGCUCUCCUCUUGA